AUGUAUCGGCGAGUCAAUCGUGAGAAUGGCCGGGAAAAGCGUACUCAAGAUCAAGGAACCUUGUUAUCGGAGACGGUGAUAUUGGUUGAUAUCGAAGGCACCACGACGAGCAUAAGCUUCGUGAAGGACAAACUUUUCCCUUACGUACGAGAGAAUUUAAAGAAAUCUAUUGAAACUAAGUGGGAGGAUGCGGAAUUUAACACAAGACUUUGAAAAAUUAAGGAGCAGGGCAAGAAAGAUGAAGAAGAUAAAGUUGAUGGUUUGGUUCCAAUUGCUGGUGCUAAUGCAGAAGAACAGAGAAGGUCUCUAAUAAAAAAUAUUUCAUGGCAAAUGGAUUGUGAUCGAAAAACGGGUGCAUUAAAACAAUUACAAAGGACAGAUGUGGCGUGUGAAGCUUAUAAAUCUGGAGCAAUUAAAGCACAUGUUUAUGAAGAUGUACCAAAGGCAUUAGAGUCUUGGACAAACGAUGGUAGAAAAGUCUAUGUUUAUUCAAGUGGUAGCAUUGAAGCAAAACUUCUAUUUGGACAUACAGUACAUGGUGAUUUACUUAAGUACGUGUAAUAGUGCAUUAUUGUUUUAGUAUUCAGUGGUUACUUUGAUACUGAAGUAGGUGCAAAACAAGAAUCAAGUAGUUAUCAGAAUAUAUUAAAUAAAAUUGGAGCAAAACCGUCAAGUGUAAUAUUCUUAACUGAUGUUGUCAAAGAAGCUGCAGCUGCUAAAGAGGCAGGAUUAACCACAGUCAUAGUACUACGCGAAGGCAAUGCAGCCCUUACAGACGAAGAAAGAGUAACUUUUACAACGAUUAAAUCAUUUUUAGACUUAACAUUUCAAACCUCUUCGAAACGACAAAAGUUAGAGACCACAGAAACAGAAGAAAAUAAGAAUAAAAGUGCACCCGAUGUUAGUGAACCAAUGGACACUUCUGAGGAUGUUGAAAUGUCCGAUGUCAGUGAAAAAAAAGUUGAAAAAGUUGAAAAAGUUGAAAAAGUUGAAAAAGUGGAAAAGGAAGGAGCUGCUCAAAAACAGACAAAGGAAUCUGUGAAAGAUCAUUUAUCAAAGGAAGCAAAAAUUUCAGACGGGAAAAUCGAAGAACCUAAGGUUACUGAUGCAAAGGACGUAUCAAAAUCUGAAAAGGUAAUGGAAACUGUACCAUUAGAAAAAGUAGAAGUUCAGCCGUCAGAGGUGAGUACCAAAUUAGACGCAUCUGAAAACGUAAAAUCUGUAAUAAGCGAUAAAACUGAAUCCACGUUAACAUCAACGAAGAACGAUACAGAUAAGCCCGUAGUUUCUGAUAACGUAGACAAAUCUAUGGACGUAACAGAAAAGGUUGUAGAUUCUAAGCCAGCAGCAACUGUUACUACUAAAGACCCCGUGGAUGCUGGAAAAUGUGAGCCUAAAUCAAAGCCUGAAGAAGUUACUAUUACCGAGGAAAAACUGAAGAAAACACCACCUGUCACUAAAGAAACAAAGUCUGAAGAUAUUAAGGUAUCUGAUGUAAAAACUCCUAAAGACACGUCACAAGAGAAAAGCACUAGUAAGAGUAUAGAUGAAAAAUCAGAAGAAUUAGGAAUUACUAAGAAACCAGAAAAAGAAACGAAGGAGGAAUCCACUGACAAGGUUGUAACUAAUCCCAGUAAAACAGAAACGAAAAAGUCAGAAAGCGAGGAAUCUUCGACAAAAGCAGCAACAACACAAGAAUCUACGAAAGUUGAAGAGAAGCCAUCGGAAAACGGCGAUGUUUCGUUAACGAAAGUAGAGAAAGAGAAAUCUACGCCAACGGUCAAAGAAUCAGAAGCAACUAAUAGUAAAGCUGAUAAAGCUGAUAAAGCUGAUAAAGCUGAUAAAGCUGAUAAAGCUGAUAAAGCAGAUGUAAAUGUUGAAGCGAAAAGUGCGGUUAAGGAAACAAAAUCUGAAACAGAAACAGAAUCCACGACCGAGAAAACUUCUAAAGUAAAAGAAACGGAAGAAAAAACAGCGACCUCUGUAACAGACGUAGAAAAAAAGGAAGCCAGCGUCGAAACGAAACAGGAAUCAACAGAGAAACCAACGAAAGAAGAAACUGUAGAGGAAACAACAAAAGAAACAACAAGUACAGUGGAUUCCGAGAAGAAAAAAGUAAACGGUACAACACAGAACGGGGAUACAGAUAUAACAGUGUCGGAUGAUAAAUUACACAGAAACGGACUGAAUGAGGGGUCAUAAGAGAAUGUUAAAUCGUCAACGAGCGAAAGCACCUCUGCGCCAAACGGUGAACCAGAGAGUUCCUCAGAGGCUAGUAGUGCAGACUCUAUAAAUCAAAAAGUCGUUGAUUCAACAAUAGCCGACGGUGCCGGCGAACCUGACGUUGUUCCCCCAGUAGUUGUAGCUGCGACGUCUUAAUCUUGUUCUGAUACAUUUUAAGAAUGUCCUUCAUACAUAACCCCCAACCCACAAUUACUUAUCCACAGAUAUAAACUGAAAAAGUUGGCUCCUUACAACCUUACAUUAAAAGAAAAAAAAAAAAAAAAAAAUUAAAUCGUACGACGUUAAAGAUGUAACACACGUUAAUUUAAGAUGCAGUUCAUAUAAGAUUUCUAUUUCUUCGAUAAAUGUGAAGGGAAAACGAUAUGUACAGCGUAUCUCAGAUUCGAUUAUCUUUCACGGUCAUAUAGCAUGAUAAUAUAAUACGCUUGUUGAUUGUGCUCAGUAGAGAAACUCUUCAGAAGCUUGAAGCUUCUGCUUUCCUAUUUUACAUCGCUUAACUACGGUACAUUUCAUCUGCUUUAUUAUUCAGUUGACUCGUAUAAACAUAUUUUAUAAUUGAUAAUACAACAUUUGUAAUAACUAAUUGACUAGAGAUAAUCGAAAAUGUCGUUCGCUGUGGUCAGAUUUACAAGUAUUUUUCACUUUUCUUCCUCUAUUGCAUUUUACAAUGCGUACUUAAGAUCUUUUUCUCCCCCUUUUUUAUUUUUUCAUUUGUCAUUUCUAUUUUUUUUUUUUCUCUUUCUUCUUUCUUUCUUUUUUUUUUUUUUUUUUUUUUUUUUAAUGCCUAAACGGAAUGUUACGGUAUGAAAACUCAUAGGAUAGGAAAUUCAUCAGAGUAUGCUUAAUACCGAAUGUACUUUGUGCCAAAUGAACGAAUUCAUCUGAUUUUUGAAGAUUUUUCUAUCUUAUGUAAACGUUUAACACGGUUUGAUCUAUUUUUAGUUUCUUGUAAGAAUCGGGAAACUUUCGAUCUAUUUGUAUGAUUUUUAAGACUGAAUUCGUAAUGCCUCGAACAGUCGCUGGCUUUAGACUAUACGAUUAUUAACUUUUGCAUACUCUUUUGUACUUAAAUAAUUUUAUAAUUGAUUAACACACAGUGAUCUUCGAAUCGUAGGUCAUCCGAAUCCUUUAUUAUAAGUAAGCUAUGUCUUACAGUUUAUUUAAACAUAUUAAGAAAUGUAUUUCUAUUGUAAUGUCCAACAUCAUUAUUCUAUUUUUCUUUUUUUGUACCUACUUUUUUUACUUUAUUUAUGUACAUCUAGUUUAGAACAUUUCAAACGACGUUGACUCACGCUCAUGAAGUAUUUUCAUUUUUAUUAUAUUUUGUAUCAUAAGACACAAUUGAAAGUUUUAUGCGUUGGAUUCGUCCUUUCAAAAAAAUCAUGACAUUCGCAGAAACUGUAACGAUAUAUUACGCAUAUAUUUACUUUGUUAGUUGUAGAAAAUUUCAUUGCGCGACACUUAAUGGUAUUUAGCGAGUAACAAUUUAAUUUCCAAGAAAAAAAAAAUAGAUCUAUAUGAAAAUUUUUA